CUCGUUGCCUGGAGACGACAGGGAGAUAAACCAGUACGCGCCGGCUGUGGGACCAUUAGAGAAACUGCUGCAGGAUGUCUUCAGUCCCUGUGAAGCCCGGCCUCCGCCUCAGUGUGUCCGAGUGGCUCAGCAGCAACCAGCAGCUGUCGGCCGCCGCCGGACACGAGAGACACGUCUCCAAUGGGAUCCGGCAGGAGGGGAGGUCCCUACGCAACGAGACCAGCUGCACGACCAGCUGGGACGAGAGCGACACCUCCCGCAGGCUGAGUGACCGGCUGUGGGACGUGGCUCGAUGGAAGGACGCCUUGGAAGCAUGUGCACGGAAAGUGGAUGAGGAGAUGGAGGCUCUGACCCUGAGUAAAGAGCAGACUGAGCAGGCCCUGGCUGCGACCGCCGUCCCCCUGGAGGUCAGCACCGAGUGCGUGACGCUGAGGGAGGGGCGCCGCGGCUCCGAGCUGGUCGUCGACCCGGUGGACGAGCAGCUGAAGAAGGAGGUGCAGCUGAUUGGUCGAGUGCAGCAGGUUCUGCAGCAGCACGUCGACAAGGCCUUCGAACAACUGUGUGUUUUGCAGGAGGUUCGACAUCAGCUGACCUCCGACCUCCAGAACAAGAUGGACGCCCUGGACAUUGACAUGUCCUGUCUGUCACUGACCAUAAAGUCCCCUGAGAUCUCCCUGAAGACCAACCCCACUCGCAUUCCAUCAGGCUCCUCCACCCCUCAGGAGUGGGGCCAGUUCAGCCAGUAUAACGUCCUUCAGGCUCAGGAGGCCAUGCUGGUGUCCCAGCACAUGAGGGAGGACACCAGUCUCACCAGAGCUCAGCUGCAGAACGAGUUAGAGGUUCAGUGGCGGGCGACCGAGUUCGUUCUUCGCAAACGCAAUCACGAUGAGGAGCAGGCCCGAGAUCAGCUGCAGUGGCAAAUUAGAACUACUGAAGAUGAAAUGAUAGAGAUGGAAGACGACAUCAAGGGACUGGACUUGGAUCUGCAGGCAAAGACGACCAAUCUGAAACUGGCCCACACCAGACUGGAGAACAGGACCAGCCGAACUGGGAUGGACCUGUGCAGAGACGAGGUUCAACACGGUCUAGUUAAUGAAGUCCAUCAGCUGAAGGCCACGAUCACAGCUCUGAGUCACAAGCUGUCAGAGGCGCAAAGGUCUCUGCAGAAGAUGAAGCUGCAUCACGCCCGCAUGCUGGAGGAUCUCUCCAGGAAACAGGAAGCUCUGUCUCUGGAGCAGCGAAGCAUGAACACCCGCUCACACCUGAGGUCGGCCUCCUGCUCCGGUAGAUCCCCGGUGCUGCUGGUGCCGCUCACCAACUCCAGUGGGAGGAGCAACCUGCAGCUGCUGGCUCAGUGAGACGAGGGCGUCCAUGCUUCUGGAGGGAAGGGAAUCAACUUGUGUAGCUUUGACUUUUACUAAACAACAGCAUAUUAAAGAUAAACAGUCUUUUUAAAUUUUGAAUAUAUAACCAAACAACAACAGAAGAUCUUGUUUGGUGACGUUGAGCAGCAGCAGAGAAUCGUGCCAGUGAACAUCGACCAGACGCGACUCAGACACCGAACAUAUUCACGGAUAAGGGAAUGUUGUAAAGUUGGCAAUAAAUAAUCUCGAUCCAUUACCAGUGAACCAAAACAAACAGUGGCUGAAAAAAACUGGCGUCUGAACAAUUGUGUGUUUUUCCUUCUUCAUGCUUAACUCCCCCUGGAGGUUGAGACAUUGAAUAGAACUGAGGAUUUCCCCUACUAAAUUAUAUUUAUGAUGAAUAAUCAUAAACCCAAUGAGUUAGUACUUAAUCUUGUUAUCUUUAAUUCAACCUGUCCUCUUCUUUCAGAUGCGUUCCCCUGACCUGUUUUAACUUGGUUUUCUUUGUGUGUAAUUUACUUCUUGUUGUGAUCAAUUAAGUGUUUUAUGUGUGUUUGCUUUACUGUAACAAGAAAUUACAGAUAUUCAGGUUCUCGAUGAAACAUUAGCGUAUGUUAGAGAUAUUUUCGGUGUCUGAAUAAAGACUUUAACUCACGUUCUCGUCUGCUCGUCUCUACUUUAAUCGACCAUUAGCUGGAAUGGCUUUGUUUUGCCGGGUCCUGCUGUUUGAUGAAGUUUCACGGUUUAGAUAAAAAUAUCUGGUAAACAGGCACUGAGCCGGGUCUGUAGGUCAAUAAACGCUCGUAACUCUCA